AUGCUAGACCAAGAACACCCGACUCUUUCCAAGCCACCAAACGACCAGAACUCAUACACUCUUGGGUCCAUCAAAGAGCACAACAUCGUAAUAGCCUGCCUACCGAAAGGUAAGUACGGUAAUAAUCCGGCAGCGACAGUAGCGACCCGGAUGGUUAGCACUUUCCCGUUCAUCAAGGUCGGCCUCAUGGUUGGCAUCGGCGGCGGUAUUCCACCUAAGGUCAGACUCCGCGACGUCGUGAUUAGCACACCGGCCGGUCAGUACCCUGGAGUGGUCCAGUGGGAUAUGGGCAAAGCGGAAAAGAAUAGCAAUUUCAAACGAACUGGUGCGCUGAAUAAUCCUCCAAGCGCACUGUUAACAGCGUUGACGAUACUGGAGAGUAAUCAUGAGAUGCGUGGAUCUAAAACACGUGAAUACCUGGACGAUUUGGGAAAGAAAUGGCCAAAUAUGGUGCCAAAGUACACAAACUCCGAUUCCCUUGAGGAUCCUUUGUUCAGGCAAGACGAUUCCCGUCGUGCUCUGAGCAGCUGGAAGGCCAUGCUCUUAAUGUUCUGGGAGAUGAUGCUAUUUCUUCUCGGAAGCGUAGCAAAGUCCAAGAAUGAUGGGACUAAGAGGAAACCUGGAGACAUGCGCGUCCAUUACGGCUUAAUCGCAUCUGGCAAUCAAGUGAUCAAGGAUGCCAAGUUUCGUGAUAGUCUCAAUGCGAGCCUAGACGGACAUGUUUUGUGCGUUGAAAUGGAGGCUGCAGGACUGAUGAAUGACUUCCCCUGCAUCGUUAUCCGGGGUAUUUGCGAUUAUGCCGACUCAGAAAAGAACAAGGAUUGGCAGGAAUAUGCUGCAGCAGUAGCUGCGGCAUGUGCAAAGGAACUUCUAGAACAUGUACAGCCAAGCGAUGUUGACGGGGAGCGUCCAGUCAAGGACAUACUGAGUGACGUUCAUGACACUGUCUCUAAAACUGAGGCCGAUGUCAAAACAGUGAGGUCCAGGCUAGACAGAAAAGAAGACCUUGAUGUCCUCAACUGGCUCACGCCAACCGACUACGGUCCUCGACAAAGUGAUGUUCUCAGAAGGCGAGAACAAGGGACUGGGCAAUGGAUUUUAGACUCUUUUAAAUACCAGAAUUGGCUCAAGACCGAGAAGCAGACGUUGUUCUGUUCUGGCAUUCCGGGAGCGGGAAAGACAAUCCUCACAUCUAUUGUCAUCGAUGACCUCACCACACAGUUUUCUGAAGAUCCAAGCGUCGGUAUUGCGUACAUAUACUGUAACUUUCAGCGGCAAUCCGAGCAGAGUAUUGACGAUUUGCUGAUAAGUCUUCUGAAACAGCUUGCUGAGAGCCAGCCCUCCUCAUUGGAGAGCAUCAAAGAUCUCUAUCGUCGCCACGAUACCCAACGAACACGGCCGUCACUUGAGGAAAUAUCGAGUACUCUUCGUUCUGUUGUAGCCAGCUACUCUAGAGUUUUCAUUGUCGUCGAUGCACUUGACGAAUGUCAGACAUCCAACGACUGCCGGGGGAGGUUUCUAUCAACGAUUUUCGACCUUCAGGCUAGUAUAUUUGCAACUUCUAGGAUAAACGGUGAAAUUGCGAAAGAAUUUGAGAAUGCUACAUCAAUAGAGAUCCGUGCGACGGAUGGCGACGUAGAUGUAUAUCUCAAUGCACGAAUGAAACUUCAAUCAUCGGAUAUCUUAGACGAUCCCAUUAGAGCCAUGAUCAAAGAAGAGGUCAUUGGCACAAUCGAUGGGAUGUUUCUACUAGCAGAGCUACGCAUAAACUCACUUAUAACCCUGCCCACAAAAGGACAUAUCAAGGAGGCCUUGAGAAAUUUUGCGAAGGGAAUGGAGGGUUUGAAAGCAAUCUACGACAUGGCGAUGGAAAGAAUCGAAAGCCAGGGAAUAGAGUCUCGAGACCUAGCGAAACAGAUUUUGGCAUGGAUUGUUUACGCCAAAAGGCCACUUUCCACUUCAGAACUCCAACAUGCCGUUGCGGUCAGACCGAACAUUACCAAACUGGACAAAGACUACCUUCCUACCAUCGAUCGGCUUCGAUCUCUCUGCGCUGGGUUGGUCACAAUCGACGAAGAAAGCAACAUCAUACGACUGGUCCACUAUACCACCCAAGAGUACUUCGAGCGCAUCGGAAAUAAAUGGAAAACAGACGCUCAGUUCCAUAUUGCCUCAACAUGCCUCACCUACCUAUCGUUUGAUGUGUUUAAAACAGAUCCCUGCUCAUCAAAGGAAGAACUUGAGAAGAGGUUCCAAGAGAACGAGUUCCUGGCCUAUACCGCUAAGCACUGGGGCAAACAUGCUGCAAUGGUUGAAGAUGGGUACGGGCACGAUCCAUUGCAUAUUGCGUCAAGAGCUGGAGACUAUAGAACAGUGGAAAUGCUGCUUAACAAAGGCGCCGACCCUAAUGGGCAAGAGAGAAAUCAAGGCAGUGCACUCUGUGUGGCUUUAAUAUCUGGCAACAUGGAGAUUGCAAAGAUUCUGCUUGAAAAAGGCGCCAACCCUAAUGAGCAUUGCCGAAAUGGCAUUACUGCACUCUCGAUAGCUUCAUCGUUUGGCCACAUAGAUGUUGUUAGGAUUCUGCUUAAAAAUGGCGCCAACCCUAAUGGGCGUAGUAGAGAGAGGAUUAGGGCAUUCCCGUGGGUUGAAGGAUAUAGAGACGCACUUACUGCGGCUCAUGUUAGAAAGAACUACGAGGUCGUGAAUCUGCUUGUUGAGAAUGGUGCUGAAAUCGUGUUGGAAGGAAAAAAGGAUAGGAGGUAUCCUUUUUGGUCUGAUUACUUUAGCGAAGACAGGGAGAAGCCUAAAUGGCUGAAGAUUAGACAGAUAUCAUGA